AUGUAUCAUCAAAAGAAUUCAGUUGAAGGACGUUCGCAUGAAAAAGAUUCCAGCGGUACCCUGGCAUCCAGUGGCGGUGGUGCGUCCAGUGGUAGUGAAUCAUCGAAAAAACGCCUCCUUAAACGUGUCGUAUCCAGUGCUACUUCAAAUGUUCAAAUACCCUCAAUAUCGGCAACAACGCCAGGCGCAUCUUCCACAACACAACCCGUACCGAUUGUACCCAGCCGACAACGUGCUGACAGUAGCUAUGGCAAGUCACAAAGUCGUAGCAAUUCAGUUGGUGGCGCCUCGCUGGGUGGUGCUGCAUCCAGUGAUGCUGGAACACCCGGUGGCAGUCCAGUACCGGUUGUCAAGGAGAAGCGCAUAGCCAUGAGAGCGGUGCGAAGUUUAAUGCGUUUGGGACGUAGUCGACAAAGUUCACAGACACGUGAUAGUAGCACCGAGGAUGAAGGCAGAUCCCCUUUAAUAUUUGAAAAUGAAAUGGGCACGAGUGGUGCUACGGGCAUAACAAAUGCCGCAUCAUCUAUGACCGCUGAUGGUGGAGGAGGCGGCGUCGGUGAGAGUGUGCGACGUGGCAAAGUUAUUGUAACGCAAACAACGACAACGGCUGGUAACACCUUAACAACGCCUGGGGCAGAAAGUGCAGUUUCGAAUCAAUCCAGUGAUGUGGAAGAGAUACAACAAAUUGAUCAAGGGAAAAUGAUGAAACAAAUGACACGCACCGAAGACCAUUUAAAAUCACAGGACUUCCAAGUUUGCAUUACCAUAAUUGAGGCGCGACAAUUACCCGGCUUAAAUAUGGAUCCGGUUGUCUGCAUUCAAGUGGGCGAUCAAAAGAAAUACACAAGUGUCAAGGAGAGCACCAAUUGUCCGUAUUACAACGAAUAUUUUGUUUUUGAUUUUCAUAUGCCCCCAGUUAUGUUAUUUGAUAAAAUUAUUACCUUAUCGGUCUUGCAGUCAAGAAAGUUUCUGCGUACCGGUACAUUAGUGGGCUCAUUCAAAAUUGAUUUGUCAACGGUUUAUGAUGCUCCGGACCAUCAAUUCUAUCACAAAUGGGCUCUACUGACCGAUCCUGAUGAUUUUUACAGUGGACCAAAGGGAUAUUUGAAAUGUGAUAUAGGUAUUAUAGGUAAAGGUGACACGGUUAAGGUGCCACAGAAAUCUGAAAAAGAUCCUGAUGAUAUUGAAGCUAACCUCCUAUUGCCUGAUGGUGUACCCAUCGAAAGACAACGAGCUAAAUUUAUAGUUAAAAUUUAUCGGGCAGAUGGUUUGCCACGCAUGAAUUCUUCUAUCAUGGCAAAUGUAAAGAAAGCCUUGACAGGUGAAGCCAAAGAUUUAGUUAGUCCCUAUGUCCAAGUGUCCUUUGCUGGACUAUCUGGUAAAACGACGGUAAAGAAAAAUGCCUAUGCACCGGUGUGGAAUGAACAGUUGGUAUUUACGGAAAUGUUUCCGCCCUUGUGUCAACGAAUUAAGAUCCAACUAAGAGAUGCUGAUCCAAUGAAACCCUCCAUAAUCGGCACACAUUAUAUUGAUUUGAAACAAAUCUCCAAUGAUGGUGAGAAGGGUUUUUUGCCCACAUUUGGUCCUUCGUUUAUACACUUGUAUGGCUCAACACGUGACUAUACGAUUUUGGAUCAACAUUCAAAUUUAAAUACUGGCCUGGGUGAAGGUGUUAGCUAUCGUGCCCGCUUAUUAAUUGCCAUACGUACUGAAAUUACAGAAAACAUCGAAUUGACCACCGAAAAAAAUGUUGAACUAGAACCCACCCAAUUAAUAUCGGAAUCAAGCUAUUCACGAAAUGAGGAAUUCUUUUUGUUCGGCAGCAUUAUUGAGGCAUCAAUGAUCGAUAAGAAAAUCAGUGAUAAAACUGUAUUCUUUGAAUUGAGUAUGGGUAAUGCAGGCAAUUCCAUUGAUGGUCACAAUGAAAGUUUCUCCACCUUGGCGGAUGAUGGAGAAGAUGGUUGUUUAUUGGAAUCGGUGGAUACCACGUCAUUUAGUAGUACCACAAAUUCCUGUAAGCCCAUUUCACAUGACAAAAGUCAUUAUUAUCUGCCAUAUUGGGAUUAUAAGCCCUGCAUGGAUGUUCGCUGUACAUUGCCCGAUUUGCGUCGCCGCAUGUAUAAUAGUAACAUGUUGGCGAAAAUGGCUGAGAAAUAUGAAGACGGCUUGGCUGAAACCAAACAGUUAAUUGAAAAUGAAGACCCCAAGGCAGAAGUUCGUCUUCGUUCUACAUUGGAAGAUUUGGCCUCGGCUUGUGUUCGUUACCAGUCCAUAACCAAAAGUAACUGUACCGGACCAGGUAGCGGCAAAACUAAGCUGGAUAAAGAACGUAUGAAGCUAUGUAUGAGGGAAAUUGAAAGUUUAGGUAAUCUAGCACGGAAUCUAAGAGCAUUGGUGACCAAAAGUUCAUUGAAGGAACGUUUCAAACAGGCUCAAACCUAUAUGCCCAAAUUAAAAUUCCUAAUAGAUGAUCCUCAACAUUCAUUACCCGACAUCUUUUUGUGGCUCAUUGCCAAUGGUAAACGUUACUGCUAUCAUCGAAUGUCGGCCAGGGAUUUAAUAUAUUCUCCCACUGAGGAGGAAGCUGGUAUACAUUGUGGUAAAAUUCAAACGCUGUUUUUACGUUUACCCGGUAAACAGGCCUCGGGAACUGCUAGCUGGUUUAUACAAGCUAAAUUGUCGAUUUAUUUGUGGUUGGGUGUGGUCAGCCAGAAGGGCCACUUCUUUGAGGGUUUACCCAUUGGUUAUGAUUUGUCACAUGAGUUACGGAAUGCUGAGCGGCCAGGGGCAAUGGCGCCCAAUAAUAUUCACUAUUUGGAGAAGUCGACCUUCCAAUUGCGAGCCCACAUUUACCAGGCCCGUUCCUUGAUUGGUUCCGAUGCAUCGGGCCUCAGUGACCCCUAUGCCACCGUUUAUAUCACCGAAUACGCCAAAACCACCCAAGUCAUUGAGGAGACACUCAGCCCCACCUGGGAUGAAUUGCUGGUCUUCGAUGAAAUUUUAGUUUAUGGUACGAAGGAUGAAAUCAAGAAAAAUCCACCCACCAUUAUUAUUGAAAUAUACGAUCAGGAUAAAGUGGGAAAAUCCGAAUUUAUUGGUCGAGCUAUAGCUAAGCCUCGAGUGAAACUUCGAGAAAAUCCCUAUGUUACACCCUCAUUGGAAUGGUUUGAUAUUGUGCGGGGUCCGGAUAAUGCCGGAGAACUAUUGGCCGCAUUUGAAAUGUUGGAAUUGGGUUCACCGGAUAUGCCGAGGCUAACAGAACCCAAAAAUACUCCAGAAAUUUGUGAAGGAAAGUCAAAUGACCGGAAUAAUAUUCCACCACAGGAUACCAUAUUCCCAGUACCGAAGGAGGUGAGACCCCACUUGGCCAGAUUUCGUUUGGAGGUACUCUUUUGGGGUUUAAGGGAUUUAAAGAGAGUACACUUUAUGUCUGUGGAUAAACCCCGCAUUGACGUGGAGUGUUCAGGGAAAAUAUUAAGUUCGAAUAUCAUACAAAAUGCCAAAAAGAAUCCCAAUUUUCCGAAUAUGCUGAAAUCGAUUGAAUUGGAAUUGCCACUGGAGGAAACCUAUGCUCCGCCCAUAACCAUACGUUGUGUGGAUUGUAGAUCUUUUGGACGUUAUACCCUGGUGGGUACACAUCAGAUUACAUCCAUACAUCGUUAUUUGUAUAAGCCACCACCCAAAGAAGAUAUAACCAAAUAUAAGACAAUUGGGGGCCAAAUAAUAUUAUCGGCUCCAUUUACGGAGGAGACCUAUAAUAAUCUGGUCGAUGGCUUUGGUAUGCAACCGAUGAUGGAUUCAUUGCAGCAGGCCAAUAUGAAGGAUUUCUAUGGUAAUCGAAGAUCAUCGUGUGAUCAGUUUACCUUGUAUGGUGCGGCGUGUGUAACCAAAAUGGUCAAAAAACAAACAACGAAAAAGAAAUCCUCACCGCGCAGCAUCAACAACUCCAUAAUGGGUGAUCAGCAGGAUAUCGAUGAUGAGUGCAGUCGUGAUUGGUGGACCAAAUAUUUCUGGUCCUAUGAACGUUUGAUUGAUAGCGCCAAGGCCGAGAAAGCCCUUACAACGACCGAUAAAUAUCUAACACCACCCACAAAUGUGCAAACACAAGGCGUUAGCAAAUUCGGUUCGAAAUUUGUACAAAAACUCAGCCCCAAGGGUAUGACCAAUGCGCUGGGUCGCAACAACAAACAAGACCAUAGCAUCUCGCCCUGUUCGGCCAAAGCCAAGCCGCUGAACAACAGCACGGCGUUGUGUCAGGUAAGUAAUGGACAAGCGAAUUCGUCAAAACGAAUUCGUAGUGUGGCACGUCGUGCUCCUCACUUUCAGAUCUAUGCUGGUGACCUGGAGGCGCAGAUCGAAUUUAAUAAUUUUCGUGAUUGGCUACAUUCAUUUCCCCUGUAUCGGGGCAAGAAAACGGGCGAUUCAACGGAAGAUGAUAAUCGCACAGUGGGCUUCUUUAAGGGAGCCAUUAAAGUCUAUCGCCUGCCACCACCCAAGGGCAUUGAUUAUCCUGUACCCAAUUUACCUGCCAAUGAACCCAUCCAUGUGCUUGUGCGAGUGUAUAUUGUAAAAGCAACCGAUUUACAUCCCAUGGAUUUGAAUGGUAAAGCCGAUCCCUACAUUGUCCUCCAUUUGGGCAGUAAACGUAUCUCCGACAAAGACAACUAUGUUAGUAAGCAGCUGAACCCUGUCUUUGGUAAAUGUUUUGAGGUGGAAGCCACCUUUCCGCAGGAUUCAAUGUUGACAGUGCAAAUAUUCGAUUGGGAUUUGGUGGGAUCGGAUGAUUUAAUUGGUGAGACACGUAUCGAUUUGGAAAAUCGUUUCUACAGCAAACACAGGGCCACCUGUGGUUUGGCUCUACGCUAUGAAGAUUGUGGUUACAAUCAAUGGCGUGAUCCCAUGAAACCGACGCAAAUCCUAUCACGCCUCUGCAAAGAAAAUAAAUUGGAUACCCCACAUUAUUUUCAAGAUCGCGUGGCUAUUGGCAAGUACUGUAUGACUUUCUCCGAUGAGGAGGUUAUAGCCUGGAAUGGUCCCAGUACUUGCCGUAACCGCGAUGAACAUUUGGCCCUAGCUGUCCUACAUCGUUGGAGUGAAAUACCAAGUGUUGGUUGUAAGCUUGUACCUGAACACAUUGAAAGUCGUCCAAUUUAUAAUCCCGAUAAACCGGGUAUAGAACAGGGUAAACUAGAAAUGUGGGUAGAUAUGUUUCCCAUGGAUAUGCCAUUACCGGGACCAGCUGUUGAUAUAUCACCGAGAAAACCAAAGGCAUACGAACUGCGUGUGGUUAUAUGGAAUACCGACGAUGUGGUAUUGGAAGAUGAUGCCUUCUUUACGGGAGAGAAAAUGUCCGAUAUUUAUGUUAAGGGUUGGUUAAAGGGUCCCCAGGAUUGUCAAUCCACGGAUAUCCAUUACCGCUCAUUAACCGGUGAAGGCAACUUCAAUUGGCGUUUUAUAUUCCCCUUCGAAUAUUUAGCGGCGGAAGAGCGCAUUGUGUUGUCUCGUCGCGAGUCCCUAUUUAGUUGGGAUGAAACAGAGGUCAAAAUCCCAGCACGUUUAGAGUUACAGGUCUGGGAUGCAGAUCAUUUUUCGGCUGAUGAUUUUUUGGGUGCCAUAUCCUUCGAUUUGAAUCGUUUUCCUCGUGGAGCUAAAUCUUCGAAAUUGUGUACCCUGGAUAUGCUCAAAACCGAUAAUAUUCCUACUGUGAAUAUAUUCAAGCAAAAGCGAGUUCGCGGCUGGUGGCCAUUCUAUAUUAAGAAGCAAAAUGAAGAAAUGGAAUUGACGGGAAAAGUUGAAGCUGAAUUCCAUCUCUUGACCAAGGAAGAGGCUGAGCAAAAUCCGGCAGGCUAUGGCCGUAAUGAACCCGAUGCUUUAGAGAAACCAAAUCGUCCAGAUGCCUCGUUUAUGUGGUUUGUAAAUCCAAUCAAAUCAAUUCGCUACAUAGUAUGGCACAAUUACAAAUGGGCCAUUCUGAAGGGUCUUCUAUUCUGUGGCUUGGUACUAUUUUUCGUUCUAUUCGUAUACUCGGUACCUGGUUAUUCGGUUAAGAAAAUACUGGGUGCUUAA